GCCCACCCUCUCUGCUGGAAGAGUUGCUCUGGUUUUCCUGUCUGCAUCAGUUACAUCUAAGCCUGAUGACUACAGCUGUCGGCACUGUGAGGAGUUAGGCUCUUUGGUCUUUAAAUGUGUAUGGUUAUAUUUGCUCCGAUUUUUGCCAUUUGUGCAUUUGCCACAUGUGGAGGAUAUCAUGGUCAUCUCCAGGUUAAAGUGGACUGUGCAGGCCGGAGACCAAACAACCUCAGCAUCAAUAUUGAUUUUGGCUAUCCUUUUAGAUUGCAGCAGGUCCACUUCAAAGCUCCCAUGUGCGAGGCAAAGAGAGAAGAAAUUGUUUUCCUCAGUGGUGACUUCUCUGCAGCGGCUCAAUUUUUCGUAACUGUGGGUGUUUCGGCAUUUCUCUACUCCCUUUUGGCAACAGUUGUCUACGUCUUCUACCAGAACAAGUAUCUGAAGAACAACAGAGGCCCUCUAGUGGAUUUUCUUGUCACCAUCACAUUUUCUCUAACAUGGCUGCUCAGCAGUUGCUGUUGGGCUAAAAGCCUCACUGAUAUCAAGACAGCCACAAACCCAACAGAGGUGCUUCUGCUCAUCUCUGCAUGUAGAGAGAAGGAAUAUAAAUGUGCAGCAACGCAGGAACCUUUCUGGUCUCGUCUAAACACUUCUGCUGUUUUUGGUUUUGUCAAUGCCAUCCUGUGGUCUGGAAACAUUUGGUUUGUCUUUAAAGAGACAGACUGGUACAAAACUGGUCAGAGAUUCCCAAGCAGAACUUCUUCCAGGAAACGAUCCAGUGAAAUGCGAGAGCGACUCUACAGCGAAUCCAGCUUUGAGCAGCCAGAUGAUAGUUUUGGCCCCUUUAAACAGGACAGUUUCACCGAGUCAAGAGGGGACUUCGAUAAACAGGUCCAGAGACAAGCUAGCAUCAACCAAUCACAAGUAAACUUUAGCUUACCAGAGACAUAUCUGGGCAAAACAGUGAUUUAUGAAAAAGAGAAUAAAAUAGCUUCUCAAGGACCUGUAAUUUUUGUUAAUGAGAUGUGAACGGAACAUAAUUUGAGCUCAAAUAGUGCCGUAUGCUUGUAAAACAACUCAUAAAGGAAACUACAAAUUUAAAACUAUAUGAGUUAAAAUUGGUGUCAUAUAGAAAGGAUGAAACCCACUAAGAAUAAAUAAUAAAAAGGCAAAGCUGUUUGGUCAGAUCGAUGCCACAAAAUUGCAGUGGAUCUUUAUCAUUGACCUGAAUGUUUUUGAGGUCAGAGCAGUUUUUUUUACAUGUAAAAGAUGUGCUGCUGCACAGACUUGGUGCAGCUACCUUGUUCCUAGGAGCAAUAUUAUCAGCACAGGGUUGAAGAAAACCUAAUGAUAUGAUAACCUAAUGAUGUUUCUGCUUUUUUCAGAUUAUCAAAAACAAAAUACAAAAAAUAUAAUGUUUUGCAUUUAGGGAAAAAAAAAAGUAUCCCAAAUCAACUAUAGAAGUGGUUGCUUUGUUAAAUCAUGAAUUAAGUGUGAUUAAGCACAUAUUUUUGAAACUUGAGGACAAAUUUGCUAACAACAACCAGAUUACUGUCAUACCUGUGGAGUUAAGAAAUUACUUUAAUAGAAUCUGUCUGAUCACAUAAAGUACGCAAUAAAAUAAAUAAAACAAAAUAAAAUAAAAUUAAAUUAAAUUAAAUUAAAUUAAAUUAAAUUAAAUUUCAUUUCAUUUCAUUUAAUUUCAAUUCAUUUCGUUUCAUUUCAUUAUAGAGACAAGUAUAUACACUUUACAUGACAUAUACUACACCAUUUAUAGCCGUGGCUAAUUUGCAAUGCUUGUGCCUAGAAGUCUAACAAGAGGCAUGCAGAAAUUUCAAAAUAAAGCGUUUAACGUUUGGCCAUCAGUUUGUGAUCUGAUGCUUCAGUCCACCUGGGUUAUGCAGCAGGACAAUGAUCCAAAACACACAAGCAAGUCCAUUUCUGAAUUCUUCACAGAUUUAAAAGGGAAGCUUUUAGAGUUGCCUAGUCAAAGUCCAGAUUUAAAUCCUAUUUAGAUGUUGUGGCAUCUAAAUCUAAACCCUCUAAUUUGGCUGAAAUAAAACAAUUAAUUUUACUUAUGGUACAGGUUGGUUUGGAAAGCUUUUCCUCCACUAAUAAAGGAUUAUCAUUUGAAAAAACAUUUCUUUUCACCCAGGUUAUCUGAGAAUUGUAUGUGUAACAAAAAAGCUAAAAACCAAAUAAAUCUGUGAGGGAAAAACAUUUUUUUGGACACUGCACUUUGAUACACGAAAAUUGCAGCAUAUUUAGUUCUGAUUUGUGUUCAUGCCCCAACCAUGAAAAAACAACAGUGAGAAGAACAAACCUUAAGGUUUAAUAGUGGAUCUCUCCUACUGAUUAGCAGGAACAAUACACUAAUCUAAGAUUUUUUGCCUGGUUUCUGAUCCCCAGUUUUUGUAAAUGUUAGCAAAUGUUAACAACGAAAAAAAUGACACUUUAAACUGUCUUUAGCAUCUUAUAUUAGGGAUUAGCAUCAUUAGUGCAGUAAGAACUACUAUUUGCAACCAUAUGUCCCUGUGUGUAUUUUCUCUGGGGUUAGAAGAUCCUGUGAAAUUUUCAAUAAAAUGUCCAACAUUUCCAACUCAAGCAUGUUCAAUAACAGACAAAAUUACACUCUUCAAACAGAUCAGAGCAAAUUUGCUGUAACAUGUUCUGCCUGACUUUAAUUUGCUGAAGUCUCACCCCAUUUAAAAUGUAGCAGCCUAAUUGAACAAACAGGUUAACAAAGGCUUCCUCAUUCAGUAACAACUUCCACACCGAAGGGUGUUGUUGAGGGUGUUGUUGUCGACAUGAUGCAGCUUUGUAUUGAGCAUUCAAUGAUCGAAAAAAGCUUAGAGUUGUUUGUUUCUGAGCAACCCAGCUCUGAGGGGUUCAUCAGCAGCUUAAAGUAUUUUCUAGUGCAUCUCUAAUUAGCAGAUUAGCUACAUGGUCUAACCAUACAAAUCUUUUUUAGCAUUUAUUUUCUGCCGAACUUGCAAGACUGAUUUUGGAGGUCUUUUUGUAAUUUGAAUUAUUUACAAACAUUCAAAUUGCAACUUUCAAGUAAUCAACUUGUUUCAACAUUCUUUUAGUGUUUUUCAAAAAAAACUUUAAGCCUACCCUAAAAUCUUUUUUACUUAUUCCUCUAUGUAGCCCAAUUUUCAGGUAAUAUUUUGAAAGGGACCUUGAUUAAUAUUUCUUAGGUCUCUCUGAAGGCAUUUCAGUUUUUGUUUUGAAUUUUUUUGAAUUUUUUUCACCACUGAUUCUCAGUUCAGUCUGUGAGUCUGAGCAUGUUGUUGUUCAUUUCUUGCAUUUAGGAGUCUUUUAAUGCCUGAAAAGGUCAUAGGUCAAACUCAAAAAUAAUCUUCUUUGAAAAGACCAUCAAAAAGUCUAAAUUAACAUUGAUAGAGACUGAUUUAAAAGAUUGCAAGGACAUCUAAUUUACUGAGAAUAUUUAGAAAGAAAUAAAAUAAAUAGAACAGAAGAGAAAUUACAUUUAUUGCCCCUAGGAGGGUAAAUUCAGAUGUGCAAGCAGCAAAUGUUCGCAUGCAGAUACAAUGCAUGGCAAAUCAAGACAUUUACACCUCACUGUCGUUAAAUAAUUUUUCGAUUUGUGUUUUAAAUGGUAAUCUUCCCAGACUUUCCAUUUAUAUUUUUGGUUAUAUGAUACAGUAAGUGUACAGUAUGAAAAGUGCAGUAUCUGUGGGAGAAUGUGUUUAGUGUGUGAUAAAUAUUUAUGGUUUGAUUUUGCAUUUUAAAUACUUAAUUAUUUAUUGGUGGAUUUCUUAAUAUUCUCAUUGGUGGAUCUCCUCGGUGUCUUCAUUAGGAUAUUUUAAAAUUUGUAGUUUUCUUGAUUGCAAAGACUGUCAAAGGUUGUAUUCAUAUUUAUUAAUUGUUUAAGGUCAUUAAGGGUCAGAAAAAAACAAACAAAACAAAAAUACAUGAAUAUCAACCUCUGUACAGUAACAACAGGGUGGGAUUUAUGGCUGCAUUUAUUUGAAACAUUAAGAUUAGUUUGUUGUUUUCUCUACUGUUGUUUUACAUAUUUAUUAAGUGAUUAUUUAAAGUCAUAUUCCAAUGCUCCCUUGAAAUAGAUGUUAAUUCUUUUUUUUUUUUUUCUUUUGCUUUCAUGUGAGAAUAAACCUUUCCUCUUCAUUUCUGUUAUAAAACAAAGCAAAGCAGAGGAAAUUUGAUGUAAAGUUUUCUUAAAUAAUAAAUGUGAGAAGUUUA